GAAAUCUCUCCGACCGGAAAUGACCAGCUAACCGUUGCUACCUAAAGUCUACACUGAACCAAAAGCCAAAAUGAUCUACUGCAUUGUACAAACGUGCUGCUUUGGAAAAAUCAAAUGCAUUUUUCGAUUAACGUAACGAAAACCGCGCUAUAUAAGAAAGAUCUGGGUAAAAUUGAUGCAAUACGUGCUGGGGUUUGGCCUAAAGUUGGUUUCGGUGUUUUGAAGAUUGUUGUUGACCGGAACAGCGGUCGAAAGACGUUCUAAGGUGGGAAUGAUUAUCAGUUGGAAACUUGUGCAUGUAAAUAUAAAAGCGCAUUGCACACAGAUCCAAAGAUGCCUUCAUUUGGGUUUCUGGAUAAAUUGGAAAAUUUUUUUCGGACUGGAAAGUUUGGAGAAAAUUUAUCGAAAAGUUUAAAAAAAGGAAUCAGAGCUGCUUGCAAACGCUUCAUCUACAAAGAUGGCCUUUUGUGGCGACCCUAUCGAGGGCGGCUCCUUCGUGUUGUCAGAAGUGACAAAGAAAUUCGGGAGAUUCUAACACGCUACCAUGAUGAGAACAACCAUGCUGGCCGAGAACGAGUAGUAAGACAAAUUAUGCUGAUGUACUACUGGGUUGGAGUGACUGAGGCCGUGAAGAACUGGGUUAAAGCUUGCUCAGCUUGUCGUAGCCGUGCUCCUCCUUUUCCUUCCCAACCAGCUGUUCUGUUCUGUCUGGUUUAUGGCUGCGAUGCUUCCAGUUAUGCUUUUCCUGAGCUCAGCUUCCACAGAUUUCCUAAAGGUGACGAGCAGCGCAUGAAAUGGUUGCAGACAGCUCAGAGGGAUGAAGGCUCACUACGCACAAACUCCUACAUCUGCUCCAGACACUUUGAAAUGUCAUGCUUUAAACUUACUGAAGAGGGUCAGCUGGUGCUGUCCCCAGAUGCUGUACCAACAAUUCUACCUGUUACAGUCAAAGGGAAUGAGGUGCUUGACCAGUCAGAUGAAAAUUUCAGUUAUUCCAACACAUGGAAAGACAAACUUAAUGGAGCUGCUGUAGCUGCUUCUGGAGUUGUGGAUCACAGCGCUCAUUCCUUCAGUCUCUCCAAAACAGCUUCGCAGCUGCAAGAACAUCAGUACUGUCUGCCAGGUCCCGCACCGGACUCCAGGGCUGCCAAGAUAAUGAAUGAACACAGGAGGAGGACAGCUGUCGAGCCAGGCUUUAUUACUUACAACCAUAUUGCCAGGUACUUAAGUACCAGGGUCUUACCUAUGCAGGGCAAGAGAAGCAGAUCGGCUUUAAAAAGAAUGGCAAAGCGUUUUAGUCUAAUAGAUGGAGUGCUGAUGUACACUAGAGUCUCUCCUCCUCUCAGAGUGCCACGCAGCAGAGAGGAGGUAAAUUCCAUCCUGCAACAGUUCCAUGACAACCAGGGCCACUAUGGGCAGGGAAUAUGCCAGAGACAAAUCUCAAAGCACUACUAUUGGGGUAACCUGAGUCGAGACCUAGCCAGCUGGAUCUCUAGCUGCCAAACAUGUGUCAACAGAUCUAAAAGGAAGAUGAUUCGCUGUAGUGUCUCCAAGUGCACCAACCGUUGUGGUCCAGUUGAGAGAAAACUCGGACUUAUUUUCCAUAGAUUUCCUCUUCAUAAUAUGCCCCUGCUGUCUCAGUGGCUGAAAGCUUGUGGCCGUGGGAAUUGGCAUCCUCGGCUCUGGUCUUCCAUAUGUUCAGCCCAUUUUACAGAGAAGUGCUACGAAAGCAGCAGAGAGAAAAUCAACCUCCUUCCAGAUGCAGUGCCCACACUUAACAUCCACAAUGAGUCAAAGACUCAGGCAGAUGGUUUGACCUCAACACCAGCAGGGGAGGAAGCCUUCUUUUCUAAGUACAAUGCAGUGGAGCUCUACAUCAGCAGACGCAUUUACCCUCCUGGAUUGACCUAUGUAGAGAAAAACACUUUCAGGAGAUUCUGCAAAAGAUAUGCUAUCAUAGAUGGCAAGCUGCACGUGGUAACAGGAGACCAGAUGCGCUUGGUUCUGAGGAGUAGGCAACAGGUUGAAACUGCUCUUUUGGACUUUCACAAUGAGCUUAACCACCUCAAUGUCAACAAGUGUCUCAGAUUGCUCAAUGAAAGGUACUUCUGGCAAACAAUGAAGCCUGAUGUGGUACAGUGGAUCAACAACUGUUCUCAGUGCAGCCUGAAGAUAAGAAAAAAACCAUGUCGUCAAGCAGAGGCAGAAAGAUCUGAGAUGCUUCAGUCUCUGACAUCUGCAGAAUGUGGCUCACACAGUGAUGAUGAUGAUGGCUGUGGGGAUUAUGAAUAUGAUGGCGGUGAUAAUGAUGUAGAUGAUGAUGAAAAUGGUGGAAGAGAUGGGGUUGUAGAAGAGGAGCAUAUACUGGAGUCAGUGGAGACAAUGUCUGUGGAGACAGCUUCCUUCCCUUUAUCCUCUCCCACCAAUCCGCAGCCAAGAAUUCCUAUACUCAUCCAUCUGAGAACUCCCUGUCAACUUCAGGCCAAAACGUCCAUCAUUCUUCAACCUAGAAUUCCCAACUCGACCACUAUUGGCCGGAUCUGGUCGAACAGAAUGACAAUCCCUAUACAGUCUGACACAUUAAACAGCUCUGAGAUUCAAUACAGUAACCAGAGCCUGUCAAAGAAGCCAACUCAAUCUGAAGAUCUAAAGGGAACAAGGAACUCGGAAAACUGUACUGAAGUGCAUCAUUUCAUCCAAGGGCAGGUCACAGCCCUACCUCUCUUAGAGCCACAUCCUCUUCUUAACCAAACUCAAACUCUGAAUUACAAUCGUCGACAAAAGACCAAAAAAACAGGGGAUCUCCAGGGCCAGCGCAUUGACAGGUGCUCUUUAAAGAGGAAGACAGGUAUGCAGGGAGAAAGUUUCACUCAGGGGAGCUCCAGCUGUGGCCUUGAGCCAGUAGUGGCGCCAAGCUCCAAACCCUGGCCUGUUUUUACCAUCAGCAACUCUGCACUGGAACAGGCAGGACACCAACCUCGUAAAGUGGAGAGCCCACUUGUGCUUCAGAAGUCUAAAAUGCUUCAGGCCCGAACCAUCAUCCAGCAGUGCAGCCAUGCAAAAGUUAAGGUCAGGCGAGCGGUAGAUGGUGCUGAUGCUGAGUGGGUUGAGAUUGAACAGGGGUUGGUUGUGUAUGUGUGCUUCUUUCGUGGAGCUACUGAGGAGGUCAUACUUGAGAUGGCCAACAAGUUCAUGUCCACUAAAGUUUUUCGAAAAGACAGGCACACGGUGUCUGUUCUUGACCUUCCUGGGAGUGUUUUAUUGGUUCCCCAAGACUCCUUGGUUGGUGAACCACUGGCCAACAAAAGGAUGCAGUACAAAGAUGGAUGUGAGCCUUGGCUGGGUGCUCAGCAUUUCUCAAACCUAGUUUUAGCCUGCAGACAGCUCAUGUCAGACUCAGCAAAGUGCUCAAAAGAGGGCAUGAAGGUGGAGCAUGGAGUCUAUGGACAGAAACAAGAGAUUAUCUUAAAGUCUCUGGAGCCUCUAUCACUGCUCCUGGAAUUCUGAGGCACACCUGGAUUUUGGUCUUCCCUACAACUUCAAUCCUUUUCAGGGAUAAUAUUGAUGUUCAUAAAAACAAAGUGUCAGCCAAAACAAAAGAUCUGUUAAGAGCAUACUUUGCCAAGCACAGGUUUUGCAAAGAAGGUAAAACAAGAACAAUCUCAGUAGAUUGCAUAUCAAAUGUAAUAGUGUCAUCUAUAUGGUUUUGUAGUAUUUUGCCUUGUUUGGUUAAGCUGCACCAAACCACCACUUUUUUAUGGAGGCAUUUUAUAAAAUUUGCUUUCAUUGUGAAAUGCAUAGUUUGGUCCCUGAUUUCUGGCCUCUCCACUGUCUGCCACAUAAAUAAUGUUUUCUGCUUGAGUUACUCCCACAAGUUUUUUUGAGCUACAAUGAGAGGUUCAUAAUAUCAAGAUUGAAUAAGGUAGGGAGGAUGUUUGUGCUGAAAACAAAACCUAGAAGAAACAUUAAAGAGUAAUCUUUUGUUUUCUUAUUUAUACUGUACAGAGUAAGACCACAAUGUUCAACUGUUUGUUGUAAAAAUCAAAAAUGCAUUUUGCAUUUAUAGUUAUUUGGACGUACAAACAACGAAAUGCAUACAUGACCCAUGUUGCUUUUAUUAAACUCCUUGAAAUGAAAGCCAUCCCAUCAACUAAUAUUGCUGCCAGUAACAUGUCAAGUAUGGUUUAACAAAUGGUCUAAAUGUGAAUAAAGUAUAAUAAUAAACUGAAGGCAAAAACAAAAUGUAGCCAUUUCACUUCAUGACUUGGAACAAUUUCUCUUAAAAGCUCAAGAUACAUAGUAGGUGGAACAAACUCUUCAUAAUACCUGUCAUGUCUAUAGUCAGACUGUAUCCAUAAAGCAUAAAAUCUGAAAAUAAAUAAAAUGUAUCCUAAAAACUUA